GGUGUUGAAAACGCACACGCACACAUUUCCACAAAAAGCAAGAUGGCUACCGUCGUUCGCUCUUCCUCGUCGUCGACGAUCGUAACAAAAUCUUGAAUUUAGUGUGAAAAAACUUGUUUUUUCGGUAGUUCUCAGCACAAUUGCAAGCUGCAAGUGCGGUGAAUUGUUCGACAUAGGAAUAGUGUGCUGCAGAAGUGAAUAAUCGGACGAAAUUUGUUGUGCAAAAGUGAAAAAUUUUCUCCUGUGCGAAGUUGCAAGUAGCAACGAAAGAAAAGUAGAAAUGGUUUACUGGGAGGAAUAAGCGUUCCUGGAAUUGCUACCAUUCGAAAAUUGUUGUUGUGAAAAGUGGUCACAAACCACCCAGGAACGAUGAGUUGAACUUUUGUUCGGUGCCCCAUUUCGCCUUCAUUUGUGCGAGAGUAGAGGAGCCACUCGACAGAACACACACGGAAAAUGACUAAAAUGGUUCAACAACCAAGCGCUGUUGAUCAGCCGCUUCCCGAAGUUACCGAGGAAUAUGAUGGUCAACAACAAUCAUCGCAAGCUAGUUCCACAACAGCAAAAGUGGCGACGAUGACGACGACGGCAAACGCAAAGCGUCAGUCUCAGCUUAACAGGAGGACCUCUACACGUCUGACCUCGGUCCGGAAUGAUAGUUUAUCGUCAGUUUCUUCCUCUUCGUCCUCAUCCUCAUCAUCAGCUGGAGAUUUAGAAACGUUGGAAUCAACUAAAUCUACACCAACUGAGGAAGUGUUUAAGGUUCCACCAACGGCAGCAGGAAGUGGAUUGCAUGGUGAAGAACAGCAGGAAUCAGGCGUUAUUUGCCGGUUACCGCUCGACCGGUUGCAAGCCAUCCUCGGAGCGCUGAACAUUCUGAAAAAUCCAGUAGAAAGCGAGACAAGUAUCAGUUCCAGUCCAAGCCCUACUUAUAAGUUGUUAUGUUUAUAUUGCGAUCGCACAUUUACCACGCAAACCCUGAUGGCUAAGCAUAUUGAUCGAGUACACCGAAUAACGAAAGAGCGUAGGAGCAGCAGCCGAGUGAUUCCCACUGUUAGUGAUGGUGCGUUUCCCAAUUGCAGCUACUGCAACAAAAUCAAGGUUCUCAAUCCAGUUUCUGAGGACUUAUCGCAGUUGUUUAAACAUCUUGUCGAUCAACACUCUGAUCGAUACUUUGCCUGUGAACUGUGCGCUCUCAGAUUUUCUAGCGAUGAUUCGCGCGAUGCACAUAUGGAUGCCAUUCAUCAACCGGCAAGCAAUCCGGAAAGUCGCAUACGGCCCAAAUCAAAGGCCGCUCUCAAAAGUUUCAAUCUCAAAUCAAAAAAGUGUGAGAUCGUCACCACGCCUCUCACAAUCAAGGUUGAUUUUGAUACGGAAGCAAUGAAGAAUCUCACUAUUGAGAAUAUCGAAGCUGUAGAUUCACUUUCUGCCGCUCUCGGUCUAGCUAACGCUGCUGCCACCUCUUCCAGCGGUAAUCCCACCCGACUGAGAAGCUCCGGACGAACAUCCGCUCGUUCUUUAACGAAUUCUGCUGGAACCGCCAAAGCCAAGGUGUUCAAAAAAUCGGAAAAGCUGUUAAUACGUUCCACGGAACCGAUGCUAUCUCGGCUUGGAAUCGCUCAGCAUAGAACUCCUCGUCAGUGCCGCAAGGCGGCUUGUGCUAAAAGUCGACGGAAACCAGCGGCUGAUCAAGCGAGCAGCUCUUCUUCGUUGUCGGCAGCUUCAACCUCCCAACCGGACAAUCACUACAACAAAAUCACCAAAUUAAAAACCAUUCGUUCUACGCUGAAUAACCCGAGCGGGAACUCCGAGAGUGACUUUGUCGUGUCACGCGGGAAAAAUGACAUUAUCAGCACAUUCGAUGAUGACUUCUAUGAGAACGUGAACUUGAAUGUUCGACAAAACUUGAGCUGUCAUUUGGAUGGUAAAUUGGAGGCACCAUCUCCUAAUGCACCAUCACCGAUGAGUCCUGUGGCGCCUGUUCCUGCUAUUCGAUCCACCGUUGCCAGAAGUCCUCUACUGCUGGAGAGUAAAAUCCACGAAGCAACCAAUCUACCAGCGCUAACCGUUUUCCCGACGCUGCUAACGGUCGAACAGUACGGAACGGAUCUGAUGCCAAUGGCCAAAAUGAAGAAGCCGAUCACCAAGAAUUCCUGGAAGUGGAAGUGGGAUUUCGUGAAAAAAUACAAGUAUGUCAGCGAGAAUGGCAAAAUCGUUAAGAAAGUUAAACAACCAACACUGGGAUUGAGAGAUUUAUCCAAACUCGACAUGUGGACACAGCUGACAAUGCGCACCAAACAUGAAAAAAUUAGAAACUGUCGAAACAUGGGUCAGCCAAGCGAGCAUAUCUCGGAUGUGGGUGAUUCCUUCCGUCGUGAACAACGCAAACAGGUUGAUCAACUAAAUCAGAUCCUUGACAACCGUUUGCUGCCACAAAUCAAUCUUGAACAAGAGGAUCAAAGCAUUGUGAAGCUGGAACAGGAAUCAUUUGAUGAAGGCGAAUCUGAUCAAUUUACCGACUGGACAACGGUCAAUCCAAUGAACGACAGCUUCAUCAGCUGUUUACAACUUUUAAAACUUUCAAACUCCAGCCGGCAGAAGCAGGUUGUACUAAGUGGUGAGUGGGCACGUCCCAGAUGCUACGUUUGCUACUGCUGUGGCGAUAAGUUCAACUCCCUCAAACAAAUGGAAGAGCACAAAACUUUCCGUCAUCCAUAUGUUUAUUCUACCUACUAUGAGAUUGUAGGUAGGGAACUCAUCGAGAAGCAACUUUUCAAACACUUCUACAUCCCACUGUCAGCUCUUACAAUGCAUCGCAUACACUACGCUCGACUUUCCAACUACCCCAGUAUCGAACAUCGGGUUGCACCAUCCCGACAGCCGUCGUCCGAAUCUACUGCUACUAUCACGGAAAUAAAAAGCGAGGAUUCAUCAUCGAACGAGGCUACUUCGUUUUCGACGACAACGUCGUCUUCAUCACUGCUUUCAAUUUCUGGCAACACGAUCAUCAGCAGUACCUCAACGUCCUCGUCCCGAUCUGCGCUUGACAUGUUACUUACGGCAGGGAAUGAUUACACCACAUCGUUUACUCAUUUUCCCCCUGAUCUGGGACCUGUUCAGUGUUCCAAGUGCCAGAAGGAAUGCGUCAAUACGCUGGUUCUGUACGCGCACAUUCUCAACUGUACCAACGACUACAUCUGGCUACAGGCGAAGAAACGGAUGAAGUAUCGCAGGGCGAAUCGACGUCGCAAGGGAUGUACGAAGGCGGCACUAGCUGCUCGUAAAGCCCACCAGCUGUCUGCUGUUCAAUCGUCCGUGGAGAAAUCUGAAACUGCAAGUAACCAUUCCGGAGGCGACGCCGACAGCAGCAUCAGUAGCGGUGGCAGCCACAGUGGCGAUUCAGAAACCAAGAAGAAGCCAUCUCCGCCGAGGCCGAAGGAUAGCGAUAGUGACAUCGUCAAACGCCUCACAGCUAACUUACCAGCGAAACGUGUUUCUCGUCAAAUUUUCCAAACAACCAAGCAGGUUCGAAAACGUGCACCAAUGAAUAUGGUGAAAGGCAAAAAGCAAGUAAUAGUAUCAACACUGGCGCCUUCCAAAGCGGGGGUACCUCGUGGAGCUGCAGUUCCGACAAAGCUUCGCAGCGGCAAGAUUGCGUCUAUCGUCACCGGUGGAAACAAAAAUGUUGCGAAGAAACUGAAGCCCAUGAUGACGACGACGACCGUGGAGGCAAAGUUGACGAAGCCGGGUCAGGAGACAAGCGUUUCGCUUGAAACGAAAGUGGAUAGGGAAAUCAUGCCGGAGAACAAUAGUAACAAAGAAAGCGACGCAGUUGCUAAGGAUAAAAAUGUAGAAGAUAAAGGUGUCGUCAAAGCGAUUGUCAAAAAGAAAGUUGUCCCCUGCAGGAGAUCAUUGCCAUUGCGUGGGAAAACAUUCGUUACACGUGGGAUACAAUGGAAAGGGAAGAGGAAAAUGCUGCCUUUUAGGAAAGGUCUAUCUACCAACAGUCGAACGUUACGAAGUGGUCUAAGUAGUAAGCUGAUACCAACUGUAAAGAACAAGACAAAAAAACGGGUGCCCCCAGUGAAAAAAGAUCAAGAAGAUAAAACGAAUUCACCAGAAAAGAUAGAUAGCCCCAAGCGGAAGACAACACAGAGUCCUGUUGAAAAAGAUGUACCACUUGAUACAAAACCAAAAGAAGUGGAGGAAGCCAUACCAGAUGGAAAUUGCAACGCGGAAACAGAGAACGUUAAAAUAGGGGACGAGACGGUCACGCCGCAAAUCGCUAUAGACGAGCGUUGCAAACCUAGUGAAGAAGAAAUCGUUAUCGCCAAUAUCGACGUUAAAAUGAAAGAAGUGCCUGAUAUACGUUUAGAAAAUUCAAAAAUUGAAAAAGAUGUGACAGCACCUCCUGUGCUUAGAACAGAACCAGAUGUCAUUUCGACCCCUGUGCAGGAUACCGGCUUAUUUGAAGAUAGAACAAAGAGUUCUAUGGUAUUGAAAAAUGUGCCACAGGAAACACCAGAUCAACCAAUUUUACUAGACGCAAGUGUGCCCUUGACGCCAGUGAAGUCUCCAUCGCAAGGUUCACAGCCGCCUUCCGUGCCAUCGACGCCAGCCUGCUCUUCUGCACUGCAAAUCAACAAGAGAAAGCCUAAGAAAUUGAACGACUGCAUCGCUAUGCUGACAGGGAAACUAUCUGAAAAGCUUGGUGUAGAUUUUUUCAACCAAGCCGCUCCGAAAAAUGCUAGUGCCAAAGAUACUGCACCGACUGUUGAAACGCGAAGCACAAAGGAAAUAAAACAAUCGUCCUGCAGUCUUCUUCCGAUACCAACUCAAGUAUCCGCAGCAGUCGCUAAACCAUUGCAUGUGUCUCCGCCGCAGUUAGCACCACUUCCGUUGGUAAUGAACACACGUCAUUCAUCUGAAACAACGCAAAAACCUCAAAUGCUUUCGCCUGUAGCACCGAUUAUAACGCCAAUUGAAGAUAUUUCCGACGAACCUCUAAAUCUGUCGAAGAAUAGUCCAAUAGGAAGGAAUAUUCCAAACCGCACGCGAGAAAACUACGGACACCAAAAUAUGUCUCAACAUCGAUCACCUCCACCACAAUCCCCUACAUCGGCAAAUACUCUACAUAUGCCGCCACCUCAGCAACAUCAUACCCAUUAUCAGCAUCAACACCAAUAUCAAUCAUCCCACCCGUCAGGACCAUCUGCAUCGUCACGAAGUCUCCCGUCAAUAAAACUUCCGCCGGGUCUUAUCAUCGAGAGAGUCGAAUAUAAAUCUCGUCCUAUAAUUUCGAAAGAGGCACCUUCAGUCACAAUUGUAGCGCGCCGACAACCUCCUCCGUCAGUGGAGAACAGAUCCGCAAUGAUGACCCACUCGCCCGUUGAACCUCCUGCAACUCGAAAGCAGCAACAGCAUUUUGGGGACCCACGAAAAAGUAUGCCUUCGGCAAAACAGUUGCCUUCUCCUAAGCAAUCGUCAACGCUACAGCAUACUUUUCAACCGGCACCUUCAAUCGCAUCAACAUUACGACAGGAGCGUCCUCUUGAGAACCGCAUUUCAGUUACAAUAACCGAGGCAAAGGGGGAACGGGAGCGACAACAAUGUUCCCCUAUCAAACAACCUGCAAUCACGCUAAAUAUUCCAGAACGUCCGCCAGUAAUUGACAGAACAUCGUCGGCUAUUAAUCCGACCCCACUAAUAAUUCCGGUUCCUGUUCAAUCGACCAACAGCAACAAACGCAAUCGACGCAAGAGUAUAUAUAUGGCGUCAGUUCCAGUCAGUGAAACAUUAUCGUCUGCUCCGUCGGUUCCCUCUGUUUCACCUGCAGUGACACCUAGCGCGGUUGUUCCACCAACGUUCCUAACCGGACUGCAACAUCUUCCAUUCCUUCCGCAUUCCUUACUCACAGCCCCGCCGCUUGGACUUGAUUUACAACGCUUAGCAAACGUUGGGCUUCCUCCACACUUGAAACCACCCAUUAUUCCGCCAUUGACUAUUCCAACGCCCCCAACACCUGCCACAGCCGCUGCAGCUGCAUUGCUGGAGAAAAUUCUCCUCCCCAAUAGGGAGGCUAUGGUGAAGCAACUUGAAUCCUCAGCGGCUCAAUCUUCUCCAAUACAACCUGUUGUUCCGAAGAAAACGUCGGAAGAAGUGACAGCGUUCGAAAUACAGGGGGUUCAAUCACCAAGAACCACAACCACGGCCCCAAUUUUAUCGCCUCCUAUGCCGGAAAAGAAAGGCCGCUCACGAUCUAAAGCUUCGAAGCUGAAAACACAAUCUAUUGCGGCAGCAGAAAAAAUUCCCGCGCCACCAGCAUCGAACAACGAAAAACCCGUUGAAGAGUCUCCGACAGUGAAGGUCCCAGGUUCGCAAGAAGCUAUGUUAAGUGAAUUUUCCGCGUCACAUGUGCCCGUGGAUGUCCAAAAUACGGUUCAACAAUCUAAUCCUGUUGAGGACACAAUGAACCUGGCUAAAGCUCAUCCGGUAGCUCCUGAAAUCAAAUCGCCAUCAGCGUCAGAAAAGCUUCCACUUCCGCCAACAGUAGAGGAUCCGAAAUCUUCCGAAGCCGCGGAUUUGCGUCACCCGACUAACUCAUCCACGCCAACCCCAGGAAGUAGUGCUGGAAAAACCACCCGAAAGCGGCGAAAGAACGAGCUUGCUUCCAUUCUGUCCGAUCAGCUGUUGGAAAGUUUCAAGGAGGUGGACAGGUCAGCUCUGCAAGAUCUGAAAAUGAUGCACGACAUGUCCUGUGAGAAGCCAGACGUCAAAUUCUCCCUCGAACAAAUUCCCCAGCUUGCAAAGCGGAAGGUUAACCCUCGGAAGCCGGAUUCGCUGACGCCCGUAGCUCGCCAGCAUUCGCCGGUGGUGGUGGGUGCGGGAAAAAGAACAUCGAAUAGGAAGGGAACGAAAGAGCCGUCUGCGGCGGAUCAUAUGGUAAGCGAGGAAGCUACGCCAGAGGAAAGUGGUACACAAUGCCUAGUGGAUGAAAUGAAUGUUGGUUCUAAACAACCGAAAGUGAAAGAAGGGCAUACGCCAAGUGAGAGUAUUCGUACAGAAGAACUCACGAAUGAUAUGAGUGGGAAAAUUACUACCACAGAGGCAGUUUCAGAGAAGCAAACGAUAGUAGGGCAUUCGGAUUCCGCUACAGAGAAGAAAUCAUCAGAAGAGAUAAACGUAACUAAGCAAACUGAUAUCGUUGCUCCAGUCGCACAAAUAAAACCACUGAAACGAAGAACGCGUAAAUUGUCUAUCGACAUAGAGCGAAUGGCGAGUCUCGAACGCAAAGGCCGACAAAAAACUCAAUAUUCCAAGGCAAUAGAAAGUCUAGAUAUAGCAGAGAAAGCACAGGGAACUACUGGCGUGAAAGCACAUCCUGAAGUAGACGCCAACGCUAUUGGAAAAAAUGAGAAGGAAAAAGGGAGUGUAAAAGAGGAUAAUCAAGUAUCGAGAAGCGUCAAGGCAUCACUUUUUGAAGCAUCUUCUUUUAAGCAUCCCACUGGCGGCAAUUUAGAACUAUAUUAUGGGGAUAAAUCGCGAUCAAAGACUCCUUUUCCGUUUCCUCCCCAGAGGAAAGCGGAGAAGACUGAUCUGGAUCGUUUGAAAGAUUCAUUGAACAUCGAAACAACGACAAUGGUGCCGAUGUCUAAAUUAACGCCAUCCUUUGAGCAAUCGAAUCUACCGGAGAACUUAUCUGAGAUGGGUGCAAAAUCUUCUAAACGUAAAAGUGAUAAGAGGGAAAAACUGAAUGAGAGUCUCGUCGAUUGUGACAGUUUACCAUCAAAGAAACAAACGAAAGAGCUGAGCUGCAGUCAAGCAACGGAGGAAACCCCUCCAAUUACAGAAGAGAAAAUGAAAGAACUAGCAGAAGAAAGCCAAAGGACUUCUCCAUCGCAUAUUGUCGCAAAAAAAGCAAAACCACUAGCGGCGGCGCCGCCUCCCAAAAGAAUAAUGGCGCGAAGAUCAUCGGUGUUUGUUGAUAAGAACCUGGCACGAUACAUGGAAGAGAAGGACGAUGAACAAGAGAAGCUAGCGAGCAGUACCUUCAAGGAUGAUCUUAUUCUAACAUCUCGGAGAACAACUCGAAGUCAAGGUGGUGUAGAUUUGAGUUUGGUUGCAAGUUUCGCCGAGACUGCUAUGAAACCUAGGGACCCUAGGCGGAAAUCUGCCGCAGCAGUGGCAGCAGCAGCUGCUUCAGCAAAGCGUGCAGAAGAAGAACGGAAGGCAACCGCGGAGAGGGAACGCAAGCGACGGGAGGAGGAAGAGAAGUUAAACCAAGAGGAAAUCAAGCGUAAAGAAGAAGAAUCUAUGCGGCAAACCCCCAAACCAACCGCACCAGCGCGAAGAAUCAGUGCACGACGGGCAUCUCUUUUCAUCGCUAACCCACCGGAGGUGGAAAGACCUAAAGAGCCUGAGGAAAAUUUAGCGGAGAUCAGUAAGGCUACUAAGCGACAAUAUCGGCGGCGUGCGUCAGUCUAUCAACCGGUUUCUUUUCUGGACGAGGAAGAACAACUGGAAAAGGCAAAUGAGGAUCUGAAAAAGACGCGAACUACUGGUCGUUCCAAAACGCCAGGUCCGUUUGGUGGUAGCGAUCAGAACGUGCGAUCGGUGGGGAGAAGACGCAAUCAAACAGCUGUUUUCAAUGGUACGCCAGAGCCAACCAUCGAGUCUCUUUUGGAGCCUUUAGACGUUCCAGGGGCAGGGACAAAACGACGAACCAAGAACAGUCAAAUAGCGGAAAAUCUUUCAAAGUUGUUCAACCUCGAGGAGGAGAUUCAGUUGAUCGACAGAAGUAGGAGGAAGCCGAGAAGAACGAACACUCCCGUUAAAAUAAACGAAGAAAUAGUCCCUCUGGCAUCGAAUCGUCCAGCUGAAACGAACAAAAUUGAUCAGUUGGUGAAGGUAGUUGAAAACGAAGUGGCCAAGGUGGCAAACAUUUCCUCGAAACCCAGAGAAUCGCUCUCGUUUUCGAACGAUGACGAGGACGACACUCCGAAAAUAAACAAACUAGUCGAAGAUGUGAUCAAUAAGGCCGAUUCCGGGACGGACUCUGACGACGAUAAUAUGUCACUGGCCUGCUUCGUUCGGCGCGAGGAACCUUUCCUGAAACCAAACUUGCAGCAGUUACAAGACACCCUGGAGGAUGGAUUAGGUGAAGACGAAAGCAAUAGCGCAAUGGAUGACGACAUAAGUGUAACAACGGAUAUGACCGGCUUCGGGGGAAGUAUCAAAAAGCGCAAACGACGAAAAUCGAUAUGUGUAACGAAAUGUCGAAGACCAAAAGCUCCACCAGCAGUAGACGACAGCAGACCGGUCGUGACGUAUAACUGUGAUUUGUGCAAGAAAGUUUUCAAAAAACAAGAUGCCUUCAACAAGCACCGUAUGACGCUGUCCCAUAUAGCGAAGCUCUCCGAACAGGAGUAUCUAGAAGCACAGCAGAAGGAACGGGAAGCAGCAGCUGCUGCUGCACUGAUUUCAAACAAAACUGCGCCGAUUCCAGCAGCGCUGGUCGAAGCGGAAUCUGCUCCAUCUGUCGAAUCUCCUUCGAAGGAGCUCGAAAAGGAUAGUCCAAUGAAGACACUCAGUCAAGAGGAAAAGCUGUUCUAUGAGUGCUGUUCGAUGCUGAAAGAAUCCAAUGCUGACAACGAGAAUCUCAAUCUAACGGUUUCUCUCAAAUCUGAUGAAAUCUGUGCUAAUGUGAUAGGGGGAGACAAUAUUCCGCCUCCGGAAGUGAGCGUCACCUACCCUAACCCAUUUGCUCCGUUACCCCAACAGGACAAGACAACGGACAAUUGCUUCAAUAUGGGUGACAGUUUCCCUUCGUUCCAGGACGUGAGUGAAAGUGAAAAUUAUAUCCAAACGAUCAACCAGCGGUACGCCGAUAAGAAUUUUACGGAUCCGUUUGCCAAACUGACAGCAGCUGGUCUUGCCCAGCAAGCGGAGAACGAUGGAAACCUCUCGCCCCAGAAUUCAACUAAAUCCACCAGCUCCCAAGCGUCUGUAUUUUCCCAGAAAACAAUCAAAACCAAGGGAGCACUGAAAGGGUACGAUAAUUUUAAAGUAUCGAUACCGAUGAGUGGCAUACACAUAGGCAAGGAAUCGAAAUUAGAUACUCUGGCAGACGUGGCUCUGUGUGGUGAUAUUCCAAAAGAUUUCAACCUGAAAGAUAGCGAAGAGGAACGAGAAGUUGUCAGCGUUCCAGAAGAAAUCGCUCCUCAUUCGGCAGCUCAACAGCAAAAACAGACUGUCCCCAAAGGAGAAGAAUUUCCGAGAAACGGCUUCCAAACGACGGCAGGGCGAAGUACGCUAAUGAGAAAUGAACAGCAGCAGCAGGGCAACAAACUGGGCUUCAGGGCUAAGAAAAAAGGGAAAUCCGCGCCCGCCAAAGCUACUGGUAUAACUAAGCGAACACCACAGAAGCGAGGUAGUGUUCAUAUCAUGUCGGCCAAAAGUAAACCGGAUCCCGAUGACAUCUACGCUUUUCAAGAUUCACCACCAGCAGAAGCAACUAUACUACCUGGCUAUACAUCGAGUAAGAAGUCUACAGCCAACUCCACGCCAACUGCUGACUGCAAGGGUGUCGCAUCAGCGGAUCACGGCGAAGAAAGUCAACUGUCAAGCCUCAGCUUUUCCGAUCGAGAUGAUUUUGUCUACGGCACGAACACCCUAAGCGAAGAAGACGAGGACGACAAAAGUAGCAGCUAUAGCAGCACACAGACGGUGCCGAAGAAACCAAUCAAAGCGGACGUGCAGAAAAAGAGUCUGAUCAUGGGGCGAAUUUUCAAAAAAGUUAAGGACAACAAGGCAAAAGAUGAAGCUUGUUCCAAGAAAGCGGCGGUGCUGGCAGCAGAAGAUCAGACCAAACCGGUAGUGAAGGACUUCGACAAACUGUUUGACACGCUAAAGAAAUCCGAUGCAGAAGAGAAGCAGGAAAAUAAAAUUAAACCGAUAGAUGCUGAAUCUGGUGGGGCAGAGAAUCCUACGUUAGAAGAGUUUGAUGAUGAAAAAGAAGAUAGAAAUCUGCGGAAGCGCAGCGCACAGAAAAAAUUGGCUGAAACAUGGGAUUCCGAUGAGUUCGAAGAUUUUAAUUUGGGCGAUGUCGAGCACUUGAUAGAUUCAAAAGACGGUGAAGGAGAAACUAAACGAGUGUCGGAAGAAAACGUUAACCAGGACGUGUCAAAAGUGCCAGAAACAUCAGAUGGUCUCAAUCAGGGCAAGCAAUCAACACCGGCAAAAGGUAAAGUACCAAUUCCAGAGAAAAAAGCCACUGUUACGGAUGAAUCAAUUCGACAAGUAAUGGAGAGCGUCAUUAUGGAAGUGUCAAUGAACAAGAAUAAUCGAGUGAGAGAUAUCAAACGCCGUGGUAAAGGUCGACCAGCCAAAGCAACGACGAUAGAAUCGGCAAAAGUUGAAGAAAACAAACAAGAAAAGGAUGAGAGCCGAGACAGCAGCGUUGAAGCAAUCAAUCAUCUCGAGGAGCAUGUGUUAGAAUCCAGUGUAGUUAUUUCUUCAAAAACCAUAACAACUAAAUUCAAGCAAAAACUCAAUUCAGCUCAAUCAAGUAAGCAAAAACAACAAGCUCCUCAGCUGGACAUCAACACCGAUGACGAUGGGACGAAAUCGAAACCUGCUAAAACUGUGAACAACAAUAACAAUUCCAAUCAAAAAAAUAAAACCACGCCGAAAGCCGUUAACCAACGCAAGGAUCCCAAUGACAACAAAACUGUGUCUAGCGUCCCUAAAGCAAAACCACGCAAGGGCGCUGCCAGAAAGAUGAAGAACGUUGCGUACGAUCCGGAUAGUGACUUUGAAGAUAACAUAAAGUGCAAAAAAGUGAAGAAGAAGCUACUGGAGAGCGACAUUGAGGCCAAUCUGAAAAUUGAACAACUCAAUGCCACGCUCAGUGAUAACAUUUUAAUGCCAGCUCCGAGACGGAAGCGAAACGCAGCGGAAACUUUGUACUUCUGGUCAUCAUCUAGCGAGGAGGAUUACAUCGAGGAUGACUAUGUGGAGGUUUCCAACAACAAAUCGAAAAAAAAGAAGGGUGCGGGAGCAAAGCAGAAGCAAACCGUUGGAAGACCACCGAAAUCGCAGCAAAAGCAACAGCAUCAAAAGAAGGCAGCGGCAGACAUUGUGGCGAACGAGGCGGGCGACGAUACCAGCAGCAGCAGCGAGCAUAUGCAGCAGCACGGGUGGAUUGUUGGUGAUUCACACAAGAAGCUGGUAACGUUGCUAGCUCAUGCCAAAGGCAAGCAAGACAACCGAACGGUAAAGGCAACAGGUAAUAAACGGAAAACGUAAGUAACACUCGACAGAUUGAACCGAACUGCGCUGUACUUUGACGCUGCAAAUGGCGUGUUACUGGUAAAAACUGUCACGUUUGAGGCUUACUAAUUGUGGCAUUCAUUGCGGUUUAUGUCGAACUCGUCCCUAUCAAGUUCAGAGUUAGUCUUUUGCAUUUUGCAUAAGAAUAGUGACGACUUAUGUCUAUUGAUGUGUCCAAUAUUGUUCCGUGUAAUUGUAGCGCAUUAUUCUCGCUAAACAACAAACUAAUGAAAUUUAAGCGAACUACAGCUUCAGCAUUCAAAUCUUUUUUCAAAAAUUUUCCUUAUUUUUGAUUUUUGUUUACAUUCUAACAUAAUACUACAUUUCAAAUGAUUAACCUAGAGUUCCCCAUCUUCAAGUUGCAAUGUCAAGUUCUGUAUAUGAUUUUUAUCAUACACGUCAUUCGAUUGUUUCAUGUUCCUAUUGUAAAACUUUGCAAAAACAUUUCUAGUUUUGGACGAUUUUUUUGCCUAAUCCUAACUUAUAAAAUACCCUGCCUAAAUUAUGUACAUUGUCCCUUCAUAAAAUACUUAUUUUCCUGAAAAUCAGCAUAUCUACCCAAAUUCAAAGCCGCUACAAGGUAAUAACUUAAAUGCUAGGUAGCAUCAUCAUACAAAUUUAGUAUUGGUAUCAUAUUCAUAUAAAUCCGUGUAUUAAGAGAGCGCAACUCUGUUCAAAUUUCAUACAAUUAUGAUUGGUUUUAAUCACGGCCAGCUGAUUUAUCUCCGUAUUUCGUGUUUUGAGAGGCGAGUUUGGAAUCAUACGAAAGAUUUUGUUUAGUAUGCGUUGAAGUUUUAAUUGGUGUGUCGGAGCACAGCACUCCCAAACAGGCAUCGCAUAUGUAAUAACUGGGAAAAUUAUUUGUUUGUAUACUGCAAGCUUAUUCGUUACACUAGCUGACCCGGCAAAUUUCGUCCCGCCCAAAAUUUAUUUUUCGUCAUCACAUCCACGAAAAUAUGAAAGAAUAAAGACAGCCCUAAAUUGGUCAAUUCCUCUCUCGAGUUUUGCUCUUAUCAACACAUUCGGCGAUCCAUUUUUAUUUAUAUAGAUAAAAGACGACAUAGGAGUGCGUUUUAUCACAUUAAAAUCCAUUUCCAUUUUCGAACGAAUAUCAAUUUCGUUACCGCAAACAUCAAAUGGACUAAAAGAUCAGUUUUCGAGUUAUGCAGAAGUUUGUGUUUCAUUUGUAUGGCAGUCCCCUUGCCCUUAGAGAGAGGGUUGGUGUAUCGAAUCACUUUAGAAACAUUUAUUGGAUCCUAAAAUCUCCACAUGCCAAAUUUGGUUUCGUUUGCUUGGUUAAUUCUCGAGUAAUGAAGAAAUUUGUGUUUCAUUUGUAUGGCAGCCCCCUCUUAGAGAGAGAGGGGUGUCUACUCACCAUAGAAAUCGUGCUCCCUAAAACUUCCACAUGCCAGAUUUGGCUCCAUUUGCUUGAUUACUUUUCGAGUUAUGCAGAAAUUUGUGUUUCAUUUUUAUGACAUUGAUCCAGAAAACCGGUCCAACUGUCCGGUGACAAUUAAGAAGUCGGUUAGUAUUUUGUAGGCUGCCCAGUCAGCUUUAUCGUAGAUCUAUUUAGGUCUGCAAGGCGUCUGCAGCGGUGGGGCGCUGGGUGCGAUGGAGAACGGGUAAUGAUGAUUACCAUGUAAAUCGUCGGCCUUGUUCCACCUCAGACCACCCACCAUGAUGAGAGUGGCUGCCGAAACAUCGAUGGCUGUCUUUCUGGUACCUCGACAGAAAGUGUAUGUGCCAUCGUUAAGGACCGAGAGCUCCAGCACCUUCAAGAGAUCGGCGAUGAUGUUCCGUCUGGUGUUGAAGUCUCCCAGAAAGAUUUUGAGGUCCUCCAAGCCUUCUAACGCUCAAAGUAGCUUCUAUCUUAAACCCAAGAUACUACCACACGGCAGGUUGAUACGGACGAUGAUCAUCGCAAUAGGGUCCUCGAUAGCAGUUUUGAUAGUGGGCGGAACUCGCUGGCGGUAGACGGGAUGACGGGUGGCGGUGUUAUUAGGCUUCCGGGUACGCUGAUUCCCGGUGGAAUUCCGCCGGCGACUGAGUGGGCUUGCCAUUUGGAGGCAGCCGAGCAGACGUGGUGGAAUUGGUAUUCCGGACGGACUAGAAUGAGUGUUGCCCCGGAUGUUUCAGCACUUCUUGUUUGGGGGCAUAAUGACCUGGCUUUGGAUAUCUUCUUCUGCUGUAGUGUAAUGAUUUUUUUUUCGUUCCAUGAGCGCUAGGGUGUUGCCGAUUAACUGGUCGACUUUAUUCACCAGAGGAGCACCUCUCUCCAAAUUUCUUAAUAUAUUUGUGGAAUUUCACUUCCAGAUAUCCAGGCAGGUUUCGCGAACCUCCGUAGUUCUCCUCGUCCAGGGAGACAGAUUCAGAAUUAUCUUGAGAAAUUUAUUAUGAAGGCGUUUAGGGUUUUAAAUAGGAUUGAACUCCUAACCGAAUCAAUAUUCAAUGAAUACAAAAUCACCGUCAUAACAGGAUUGUUUUAUUACGAGUAGAACUUCUUAUUACGAUAGAAUCCAAAAAUGUGGGUAUCGCAGAGAACUGUCAUGAAUCAAUUAUCUUAAAGAUAACUCCAUAAUUUUCCUUGCCGUUAUACACGGCGCAAGACUGUAGCAAUUGUUUGGCGAUUUUAGUUUCGACAUUGUAAGUAGAAUAUGCACAGAAGUAAUUGUGUAUGUUUGUAUACGAGAGGUCCACAUCAAAUAGCAUCACGGAAAAACACUGUAGAAAAUUACCUAAUUCGCCGAUCCUUUUCGAACUUUCAGACAAAAAACUAUAAAUCAUUAAUAAUCAUUAAUCAUGUCCUUGGGUGAGAAAGUGACCCCGUUAGCUCCGUAUCGCUCCAGGACAUCUUUUGAAUAUUGGCAUGAAGCUAGAUCCGGCCGGAAGAUCGUAGGGCCCUCGUGUUGCACAGACGCGUCUGUACCCCCCUCUAGAGGUAUAUCUGCCCGUUUACAGUUCCUAUAGUCACGAACUGCGCACUCCGUUUGCCACAUGAGCAGAUCGCUUGCCAAAUCAUGUAUAUCUUGGUAAACUUUGAAAGUUUCUGCUUCCAUACUUCCUCCGGAACAUCAAACUUGUGCUGGGCGGUGAAGAACAGUAGCCACGGAAGCUGCCGGAAGGCCCCCUUACGUAAGUCUCAUAAUCCAUGAUUACACAAUGAGGCUUCGCCAGCAUCUGGGUGUACAGUUUCCUGGCCCGUGACUUUCCCACCGUAUUUUGCCGUUCGUCACGAUUUGGAGCCUUCUGCACUUUGUACCCGGUUCUUGGCUCUCUUGGCUCAUCACUAAUAGACCAUCCAUUCUGAUCGCACUUCUACUUCCGUUCGAUGCUCUGAGUUUCGUAGUAACGUUUAAUCAUAUGACUCACGAUUGACUACACGAUUCCGAGUUGUUUUCCGAUGUACCGAUAAGAGAGUUGAGGAUUUUCCAGGUGAUUCCACAAAGUCAAUACGCGACGUUGUUUUUUUGGUAAUGCAAUUUCCUCCAAUUCUUGAAAAACUUACUGCGAUAAAAAUGCAGUGUAAACAAUACACUCUAAAUUACUUCUACCCAAGUUUUCAAGAGAAAAUACUCAAUGGGAAAUUUUUACAGCGUUUUUAUCGUGAUGUAAUUUGAUGCUGACCAUUAAACUGGUCUUUAUUUGCGAAUCUAUCUAUAUAUAUAAAAAUGGAGUGAUGUCUGUCUGUCUGUCUGAUUCUUAUAGACUCGGAAACUACUGAACCGAUCGACAUGAAAAUUGGUAUGUAGGGGUUUUUGGGGCCGGGGAAGGUUUUCGUGAUAUUUUGAGACCCCUCCCCCCUCUCUAAGGGGGGGCUGCCAUACAAAUGAAACACAAAUUUCUGCAUUACUCGAGAAUUAAUCAAGCAAAUGAAACCAAAUUUGGCAUAUGGAGGUUUUAGGAUGCAAUAAAUGUUUCUAUGGUGAUAAGAUACUCCUUCCCCCUCUCUUAGAGGGGGCUGCCAUACAAAUGAAACACAAAUUUCUGCAUUACUCGAGAAUUAAUCAAGCAAAUGAAACCAAGUUUGGCAUGUGGAGGUUUUAGGAUGCAAUAAAUGUUUCUAUGGUGUUAAGAUACUCCUUCCCCCUCUCUUAGAGGGGGCUGCCGUACAAAUGAAACACAAAUUUUUGCAUUACCCGAGAAUUGAUCAAGCAAAUUAAACCAAAUUAGGCAUAUAGAAACUUUAGGGUGCAAUGAAUGUUUCUAUGGUGGUUAGAUACCCCUCCCCCCUCUCUUAGGGGUGGCUGCCAUACAAAUAAAACACAAAUUUCUGCAUUACUCGAGAAUUAAUCAAGUAAAUGGGCGGGACGAAGUUUGCCGGGUUAGCUAGUCCUAUAUAAAAAUAAGUCAGAUGCACCAUAAGGGUGUUAUAUACGAUUAUGAAUCAUACAAUUCAUGAAUAUCAAAAUUUUAAGGGUUUAACUAUUCAACUUUUUUCACUAUCCUAUAAUAUACUCUACGGAGCGUUAUUGAUUUAUUAAUCAUGUUUUAUUCGCAAGGGUUGUGAGUUACUAAUUACCGCUCUGGACAAGCUAUUGAUCACUAAUCAAAACAAAUCUUUCAAUCUGAGCAGCGGAUGGAAAUUAUCACUGCACAAAAAAAAAAAAGCUUUCACAUGGAACAAUUUUUACCAGUAGCAGCGCAAGAUACCGACGAGACAUUGAGACCGAAACUGAUAAAAAUAGUGUUGCUUCGUUAUGACUGGAAUACAUGUUACUGUUUAAUAAUAAUCCGAUUGUUAUUGUAGUCAACAAUGAGAAACUACGCAGACUGUGCAUUUGAAUUGAAUGCACAGAAGUCUCAAAUGAAUUUUUAAACGAUUGAUUGAUUGACCGUGUAAAUGAUGUUGUGAUAUAAUGUAAAAAGAUUCUGUUAGGCAUAAACAGGAUAAUCAUUUGAAGGUAUGUCACUCAGAAUAAAUCUUUUAUUUUAUAUAAGACUAAUCCAAAUCGAGGGAAGACAAAACAUUGCGAUUAAACUAUCUAUUAUAUGAAUUAAUCAGAAUAUUGUGAAUAUAUAUUUUUGAUAGCCACAAUCUGAUAUAUUCUCGGUUAGUUAAUGUUAUUUUAGGGCAAAGCUGGGAAAAAAGCUUGUCGAUAUGUAAAACACCCAGCGAAACAACUGCAACUAAUUUGAAUUUGUUCCCUAGUUGCUAUCAUUGUCGAGGAAAGUAAAGUUUAAACUGGAAAUUUGUAUUUGUCAAAGUUGAUGUCAAUGGGGGAUGAAUCGUACUGAAAGUAAUUAUUUGAUAUAGAUUUAUUUAGCAACAAUAAUGAAAAUUUAAAAAAAGAACACAUGUUCAACCCUACACUUCAAGAAAAAUCGAGAGAAUCAGUGCUGAUUUCUUACUGAAAUAGUAAAACUAAUAAAUCUAGUUCAUGUCUAGUAUAAGGCGUAGCUAAAGCUAUAUCAAUAGCCUCUAAAUAGUGAAUAUAAAAACGAUUUUAUUUUACUUUCUUCUUAACUACGUUCAAAUUAUGUUUACAAUCGAAUAUCUGUGCAAAAUUAGUUUUAAGAGAGUUCUUUUAUUUUCCUUAUUUUUUUGAGAGGAAGAAAACAGUCAAAUUUAGUUAUUAAGAUUACUUCUUCGCUUUACGGUUGCUGGGAACUGAAACGUAGUAUAAGAAGUGAAUCCCGUCCCGACAUAUUUCAUGAUGAUUACGUUUUCCGCGUUUGAUUAGUUACCUACCAGUCAUGGUGUACCAAUACAGAUAAACCCCUUUGUGAAGAAGGAAAAACAUAAUCAAAUUUGCAUCGUUACAUGCAUCAUGUUUUUCAUAUUGCAUCGACAAAAUAAUACUGCUUUGCAUUAUCGUAUCAGAAUAUACAUCUAGGGCGAAAAGAACAUUCUUUGCGUUUCAGUGUAAUAUCUCCACACAUUAGAGUAUUCAGUGUAUCAUUUUCAUUAGCAAUAAAAACGUAUUCUGGUGCUUUUGUUCCUUUUGUAUGAGAGAUGCAAGACAAAUACACAUCAGCAUUUAGUACUGCGUUAAACAGCUACACAGUUUCUCGAUAAUUGUACUCCUUUCAUGUAAAAAAAGCUUCCAAAAAUAAACAAACCAAUAUGUACAAUAAAAGCCGAUCAUAAUUUAUCAAAGUGGUAAAUAUCAAUAACAGUACUUUCUAAAACGCACGUGUUUCUAAAGAAAAUUAAUGAACAUACCUGUACAUAAAUAUUUAACAAGGAUACUCGACGAGAGUGAAGCGAGGAAUAAAAAAAGGAAGCUAGAUUGAACGUAAUGGACUACAAAAUAUAUCGAAAUUUUUAGAUCUCAUUUUAUAAUGCCACAAGAGAACAAAUAAAAAAACUGUAAACCAACAACAAAUUUUAUUGUUUAGUGAAGCAAAAAUCUAGCAGGAUAGCAGGAAUAAACUCGUUGUUUUUUCAUGUUAACAUUUCGGACGACUCCAAAAAAUAAUAUUUUUGGAAAACAACAUGAAAGAGAAUUACUUGAAAUUCCCAUAACUAUUCACAAACGAAGCGUAAUCGAAUUAGCCUCGCAAAUCCUCUUUGUUUUAUCCGGGGAGAGGCGAAUGUGUACAGAUAUUAUUGAAAAUCUCUGUAUCACUGAAUCACAUUGUAAACUCUGUGGGAAUACAUUUAGCAAUUAUUAGGCUGGAACAAUGAAGAAACAAAACAUUGAUAAUUAUUAUGACUUUAACUGCCAUAUUCGAAGUAAAGAAUUAUUUGUCAUUCGAUCGAGUGCUGAGUAGCGAAAGGAAUGUGUGUGUCAUAUAACAAAAAAAAAUGAUUCACCAUAAAUAGGACAGAAGAGUGGAAACAGUGCGAAGAAUAUGUCGAGAAAAAAAACAAUCUUAAAUGUAAUUUAUAUUGGUUUUAUUUAAUUUUUAUUUCUUAGAACUAAAGUGUCACCAUAACACAACAGACAAAAUAUACAAUACAUACACCCUCACACAUACAUGCGAUCAUAUAUAUGUUAGUAGCUUUCACCGCGGAAAAUGACACAAAUUGUGUAUUUGUAAAAUGCCACUCAGCGUACGCGAGUAAAUAAUAAAAAAACUUGGUAAAAAAAAGGAAAAACAUUGAACAAAAUUAUGUUUAAAAAGAGAAGACAAAACAAAAUAGAGUUAUACCGAGUAUAUAAAAAGUAUAUAAUAUUAAUUGAAUUUAUUUUUUUUUUAAUGAUAUGAAAUAGGUGAAAUAAAAAGCAAAAAUAGUGAACUAA